AUGGAGGCAAAGAAGAGCAUCGGUAUCAUCGGCAUGGGGGACAUGGGGAAGAUGUAUGCCUGGCGCUUAAGUGCGGCCGGCUGGAAAGUCAAUGCGUGUGACAUGCCGGAAAGGUUUGAGGCAUUAGUGGAGGAGUUUCGGAGUAGAGUAGGACAUCCAUCAUGUACUUCGUAUACCAAUAGAGCCGUGCUGAGCUUGUACCAGCCAAACGUUGAAAUCUUGCGAACCGGUCAUCUCGUGUCUCGAGUUAGCGACUAUAUCAUCUACAGUGUCGAAGCGAAGAACAUCGAUGCUGUCGUGAAGCAAUUCGGCCCUUCAACUAAGCUCGGCGCCAUUGUAGGAGGUCAGACAUCUUGCAAAGCCCCAGAAAUCGCGGCCUUUGAAAGACACCUCCCUUCCGAUGUCCACAUCGUCUCCUGCCAUUCUCUGCAUGGACCCAAAGUUGAUCCGAAAGGGCAACCACUGGUCCUCAUUAAGCACAGAGCCACCGACGAAGCUUUCGAAUUCGUAGAGAUGGUGCUAUCGUGUCUAAACUCGACCCACGUCUAUCUCACGGGUGAGCAGCAUGACCGCAUCACAGCAGACACACAAGCUGUAACCCACGCUGCCUUCCUCAGCAUGGGCGCUGCAUGGAACGCCAACAACCAGUUCCCUUGGGAGACUGCGCGCUACAUCGGUGGUAUAGAGAACGUCAAGAUCAAUAUCACACUUCGUAUUUAUGCAGCGAAAUGGCACGUCUACGCAGGUCUUGCAAUCCUCAACCCCGAUGCGCAGAAACAGAUCAAGCAGUAUGCUCAGUCAGUCACUGAGUUGUACAAGUUGAUGCUUGGCGGCCAUAGAGAGGAGUUGAGGAAUCGUAUCAUGGCGGCCAGAGAGGCGGUCUUUCAUACAGCGAGGCCUAGUAAGCAAGAGAUUCUGCUUAAGGAGGAUGUGCUGAACCAGUUCUCGCUCGGUGAGUUACCCGAGCAGCGACUUAAGAACAACCAUCUUAGCCUGCUGGCCAUGGUGGACUGUUGGUGGAAGCUGGGUAUUGUGCCUUACGAUCAUAUGAUAUGCUCUACACCGCUUUUCCGCAUGUGGCUCGGUAUCACUGAGUACCUCUUCCGCAACAAUAAGCUUCUCGAAGAAGCCAUUGAUACUGCCAUCGAUGACAACACGUUCCGCCACGAUGACCUGGAGUUCACCUUUGCAGCUCGCGACUGGAGUAGCCGCGUUACGCUGGGCAACUUUGAUGGGUACAGAGAGAAGUUCGAAGCUAUUCAGAAGUACUUUGAGCCUAGGUUUCCGGACGCGACGAAGGUGGGCAAUGAGAUGAUCAAGACGAUCUUGGCACAAACGAGGGAGAGGGAGACGUAG